AAACCAAUCAGCGGGCAUAGGAUCAAACGCGUCUCAGUACUCGCGUGUUCGCGUCGUGAAAAAUGGCCAACAGACUAAUUCUGUUGUGCCUUUUAGUGUCGUGUCUGACUGUCAGUUACAUAGAAUGUGGAAGAAGUAGUGGAAGAAGCAGCAGCAGGGGUAGCAGCAGCAGGGGCAGUUCGUCAUGGGGAAAAAGUUGGGGGUCAUCGAGCCAUAGCUCCAAACCCAGCUGGAGUAGUUCAAGCAGCUCGAGCUAUAGCAAACCUAUUUCGUCAUGGGGAGGCUCGUCAUCUUGGGGAAGCUCGUCGUCAUCGUCACACAGCUACCCUUCAUCAUCGUCUGGACUAUCUGGAUCUAGUUCACACAGCUACCCCUCUUCAUCAUCAGGAUUAUCAGGAUCAAGUUCGAGUUCCCACAAAUACCCUUCGUCAUCAUCCGGUUCAAGCUGGGGUUCCAGUUCGUCUUACCCCUCCUCAUCAUCAGGUUCAAGCUGGAGUUCCGGUUCGUCUUACCCCUCGUCAUCAUCAGGACUUUCAGGAUCUGGCUCAAGUAAAUAUCCAUCGUCAUCAUCGGGUUCAAGCUGGAGUUCUGGUUCGUCUUAUCCCUCAUCAUCAUCAGGAUUAUCUGGAUCUGGGUCAAGCUCAAGUAAAUAUCCGUCAUCGUCAUCCUCUUUUGGAUCAUCGAGCUGGAAUUCUGGUUCUUCCUAUCCCUCGUCAUCAUCAGGACUGUCUGGAUCUGGAUCAAGUAAAUAUCCUUCAUCUUCUUCAGGCUCAUCUAUCUGGAAUACUGGAUCGUCAAGUUACCCCUCAUCAUCAACAGGAUUGUCUGGAUCUGGGUCAAGCAAAUACCCUUCGUCUUCUUCAAAUUGGAACUUUGGAUCAUCUGGAGGAUCGUCUGGUACUCACAAGUACCCAUCAUCUUCAACGGGUCUAUCGGGAUCAGGUUCAACUGGCUACAGGCCAACAAGCUCGGGAACCCAUUCUUAUCCAUCAACCUCUACCGGACUAUCGGGAUCCCAAUCGAACUACAACAAAAAUAACUAUAGGCCAACUCAUACGUACAAUACGAACAGUGGAACUACAGUUCAUCAUACAACACAUCACUAUCACCAUAAUGUGCCUUAUUACACACCUUCGUACUACGCGGCACCGCAGUACGUGUACAUGCAUGAAUACAGAAAUUCCAACAGUCGCUACGGAGAUUUACUGACGGGCCUGACUUUAUACAAUAUGGGCCGUUCAAACAGUCAUUAUCAUGACCACUACUACUAUGACGAUUACUAUAGGCGCAGGUACGAUACCCCAUCAAGCAGUUCGUACAGAUCCGACUACAGACCUCAGGAAAGACCACAGGAUCAAGCCAAUUGCAUAUUGAAAGUGAGAGAGAAUGGAAGAGUGGAAGAGUUGAAAAUACCGUGCGAAAUUGUGUCAACUUUCACUGAAGGAAGUAAAAAGGAGACUCCUAAACCUCAAACCAUGGUGAACCAAACAGUAUGUACUACCACCACUACGAUGAUCAAUAACACUGUGUCAUCUGUGCCGGCGACCGCUGAUAUAGCAUCGGGUGCGGCUGCGGCGGCUGCAGCGGCAAACGCAGCAGCGGCCAACGCUGGAGCAACCUUACCAGCAUUUGGUGGAAUGUUCAACUCCACAAUGAACACUGUGAGAAGUGAAACUUCAGGUGCACUUGACAGCAUGCCAAUGCCAGACAUUCCUUCUCUGGACUCGAUAUUUAAAAACGCUUUACCUGCUGGUUCCUCUCUAGACGUCACGAAGGCUACUUUGGGCAUAACACCAGAAAACAACAACAAUGUGAACAUUAUGAAUCCUACUAUGUUGAGCAAUGGUACCUUAGUGAACAAGCCUGCUUACACUACUCAGAUGCUGAGCAAUGGAACUUUAAUAAACGUUCCUUUACCAGUUAAUAGUUCAAUCGCUAACACAACAUUAUCGACUGUGACGUCAGUAGUCAACGGUACAAUGACCAAUGUUACGAAGACUGUGACUACAAACUCGACUAUGGUGAAUGUGACAGUGUGUACUACUAACUCUUCUUACGUUGAUCCAUUGACAGUGAAGGGACCACCUGCAAACCCUAAUGACAUGGAGUGUAUUGUCGAGAUUCAGACGAAGGACGCGUUCUUCAGUAACGUUAUUGAUUGUAAGACUUUAGUCCAAUAUUCUAAAAUGCCCGAACCUAAGAAAGACACGGGUAUGUUACCACCGAGACAGAAAUUAAAGUCGUGGUUAGCUAACCCGCCUUGGUGGAUGUCCUUAUUUAUAGCAGUGUAAGGUUCAAAAUGUAUGUUGUUAUUUUAUAAAUAAUGUUAAUAAUUAGAUAUACUGUAUGUUUAUAUUGUGUUACGUAAGAAACGUGGUACUUAGUUUUUCUGUUACUGAGUCGAUAAAUAAGUAAAUGUAUUGUACUUAUAAAAUACAUAUUUGUCUGUUGUAUACAAAUCAAAAGUUAUUUACAUAAGUCUUUUAGAAGAUGUGCCAUUCGCUGCAUUUAUUUUGUAUGAUAUUAUUGUAAAGAAAUGUUCUUUACGUUAUUAAAUGUUUUCUAAUAAA